AUGUUCAUUAAUUUAGAAAAAGAUUUAAAGGGCUUACAAAAAAAGAGUUAGGAGUAUCAAGAAAUCACUCAAAAAUAUCUGGUGGCUGAUUCUGGAGUGAGAGUGAUGAACGAUGCAUUUAAAUAAAUCUUGAAUAAGAAAAAAAGCAAGCAAUUUUUUUGUAAGAAUUGUCCAAAGAAGUUUUUAUCGUUUCCUGCAUUGAAGGAGCACGCAAAAAAGAAUCAUGGGUUUUAGCCACUUCAAAAUGGGGAAGCUAGAAAGAGAGGGAGACCCAGGAGAGAUGUAAUUAAGCCAAGCGAUUAAUUUAUUGAGUGGGAGAAAAAUUAAGGAUAGUAAUAACCAAAACCAAAGAGACCCUCCUCUCUGAUCACAUUAAGAUUGGAGUCAAUUAAGGAAUUGGGCUUUGGAGGAUUUUUGCGAGCACCUAAUUUACAAUCAUAUCCGUCAAUAAAGGACUCCAUAACGAGUUUAAUAAAUAAAUUAGAGCCUUAAUUAGAGGAGAAUUAUAUUUUGAUAGGACUUGAGGAAAUGAAUAAAUAUUAUGAGGAGGAUCAGGAGUUUUAUUUGGAGAAGAAUUAUAAUGUUAGUUAAUUAUUGGUUUCAUUUCUAAUAAAUUUGACAAUGUAAGUAAAUGAUGAGUUGUUGAGAGUGUUCAUCACUUUUACAAAAGCAAUUUAUUUUUUCAUCGAUAAUUUUGCUAGAGAUAUUUUAUUUAAGUAGUUGUCUCCAGAGGAAUAUGGGUUGAUUCCACCAAUAUGUCCAAAUAAGAAAUUUCAUGAGUUAAUGACAAUAUAAACAUUCCCAUUGAUAUUAAAUGACUUCUUGGAGUUUCUACCAAACUUUUAGGAGGCAUUUCCAUUGCCUUUUGCAUCAAGAGUGUUGAAAGAGAUCUGCGAUUGGAGCACAGCAGAAUGUAAUGGAUUUAAAGUGUAUUUUAAUCUUUGA